AUGCCUAAUUACAAGUUUUCUGUGCAGGAAAAGGUGGAAUUAGUGAAAUUUCAUUACCAGGGCCUGUCUUACCGGGAAAAUCAGGCCCAUUUCGCCGUCACACACCCGGAUCGACCAACACCUUCGUUAGCGACCAUCAGGAAUCUGGUUUUAAAAUUCGAACAAUCCGGUAGUGUCGAUGAGAGAACCUGGAAAAUCUCUCAACCAAACCGUCAGCUGAGCUGGGAUACUAAGCUGGACAUCUGCUUGACCGUCGAAGAGGAUCCAUUCAAGCCUAUCAGCCGCAUCGCCCAGGACGUGGAAAUAUCUAACGCAUCGGUCAGAAGAGUAUUGCGUGAAGCUAAGUACAGAUCGUACAAGUUUCAAGUCCAUCAAGAACUCUUGGCUGGUGAUAACGAUAGUCGUCUUCGCUUCAGCCAAGAGUUGAUGGAACGUCUGAACGCAGACGAGGGCUUGUUGAGUCGCAUUUGCUUCUCAGAUGAAAGUACGGUGAUACUUGUCGGGAAACCGAACAGGCAGAACUCCAGAGCCUGGUGUCGAAACAACCCUCGUCUGUUCAUUCAGGCGGGCACGCAGUACCCGUUGAAGCUCAACGUCUGGCUUGGCGCGAUUGGCAAUCGGCUGAUUGGGCCAUUUUUUAUUGAUGGUAACCUCAACGGCGAGAAGUAUCUCUGGUUGCUGAGAGAGAGGAUUGUACCGGCUCUUAGGCUGAUUGAAGAAGAAAUCGGCGAACCUGUUUGGUUUCAGCAGGAUGGAGCCCCACCGCACUUCACACGUGCGGUGCGUGAUUACCUCGACCAACAAUUCCCUGGACGCUGGAUUGGCAGGGGGAGCCCGGAGGUCGAGUGGCCAGCCCGUUCACCUGAUCUCGCUCCCUUGGACUAUGGCUUGUGGGGCCAUUUGAAAAAUGUUCUGUAUGCCCAAGGUAGGAUUGAAGACCUUGCCGCACUGCAAGCUAGGAUCUUGGACAUCCUGCAGAACCUGUCACCGGAUAUUAUAUCCAAUACGACAAAUGCCUUCUACGACCGGCUCGGUUACUGCGCUGCAGCUGCUGGAGGGCAUUUCGAGCACUUUUUGAAAGGCAACCAAUGGCCAGACGAGGGGUGA